AUGGAUAAACGUUACAAUACAAACCUUGAGCUCAGAUCCCUUGAGAAUGCCUUGGACGCCUUAUCACAGGAACCAUCUGAGUCGACUCUGGACUUCUUUGUCCCCGAUGAGGCUGCCCAAGACUCCUCUAUCAUUCGACGACUCAAGAAAGGUUUGAAGGAUCCCAAGGCUGUGCUAGCUGCCUCGCUAGCGGAUCCCCUCAACAAGAUGGACUUCGACACGUUCAAGGACACUCUCUUAGCUGUUAUCGAUGAUCUACCCGAUAUCAACGCCCUCACCAAAUCCGCUCCGAAAGGCGACAAAAGCAAGUCCCGGUCCGUCGACGAUGACUCCAACAUCAUGGCAUUAUGGCCCGCUGUAAAGCAAGCGCAUCAUCUCGCUGGCGUAUGUCUCAAGAAGUUUUCCAACUCGUCGGCGCCAUCUAACACCAACAACCACCAGUCCAACAACGCUUCUGACAUCAAGCUAGUCAACAACUCGGCUGCUUACGUGAGCGUUGCCAAUGCCCAGAUAAACUACUCAGCAUCUGACCUAUUCGCUACCUCCUCACCUGACCCCACCAUCACUGUUCGGCUAGGCAAACGACUUUGCUGUGAUAUCGAUCCCAUCGGCAAUGCCACGGUCUGGCCCUACCGAGCGGCUCAACGAAAGCGCACCACUGCCGAUGCUGAGAUCAUCUACCAGAAACUCUGCGCGAUGGAAGCGCGAGGCAAGGUUCGUCGAGUCCAGGAUUCUGAGCUCUCUAUCGUAUGCGAACCGAUUCUCAUUGACAAACUCGACCGUGCCGAUGGAAAGAUUACCAAGUCCCUUCAGAAGCUCUUCGGUACAACAUCUAUCUGUCCACGCACCGGUGUGACCGUAGGCUUCGGUACUCUGCUCGACACCGUCAUCAACCCGAAGCUGGUUGCCGAUGGUAUUGCUGCAACUGUCGUGCAUGUACAAGACGACGUCUUGGUCUCAUCACAAACCAUUGCUGAUGGGGAGAAGGCCUUGAGAGUGCUGACUGACAUCCUUACCGAGUACGGAUUCAUCAUCAACCAAGAGAAGUCUCAGUCACCGGCCAAGUCAACAACCUUCUGUGGUCUACUACUACACGGCCGAACCUACCGACCUCUACCUGCCAAACGGGAAAUCCCCGAGGCUACUUUCAACGCCGCGUUCAACGAUUUCCUCAAUGGGAAAGCUCCACCCAAGCGUCGAGGUCGUCGUCGUGUCAAGCACUCAGCUGAAUCACUCCGUCACAACCGUCUCUCAUGGCUGAGAAGCUGGACCGGUGUAUUCAACUACUUCUCGGGCCAUCUAUUACCCGACGCUAUUGCUGCUCUCCGGACUCUGAACGGAGCCAUCAAACACUACCAAGAUGAGGCUACUUCUGCCGACUUUUUGGAGACCCUCACCACACCCACUUCUGAUGCUUUCAAAGUUCUGCUCCGAGCUUACAUAGCAGGCACUCUACCGUCCUCGCUUGGUAACGAUGGUAUCGGUACUCUCGCUGUGGUGGACGCCAACAAUGACAGCUAUGGCGCUAUCAUCUUCAAGGUCUUCGAGCUUUCCGGAGAUGCGACCGAGUUUGCAACGUACUCCAAGACGGUGUUCAACUGCAUCCCCAACCUAGGUGAGCCCUUCAAUAUCUCUGAAGAUCGUGUCGCCAUUCUUCCACUCCGUGUCUGCGGUGAGAGGUUUCCGCACACCGUUAUCUGCCUGACAAAUGACGAAGCAGACGACUACAACGCGGAACGACUGGCGGAUUUACCAGGCGAAGGAAUUGUCAUUGAGGCAAUUGAUACUGAUGGCCCUAUGCCCGCCAACUUGGAUAUGCGAGCCAUCGCCAAAGUAGGCUUCAGAGAGACAGUGGUCUUGAAAGUCGCCUGUCCUGUUAUCGCGACGUCGAACGAUAUACGUGGUCGGUACUCUAACGGCUUGGUUGGAGUGGUGGAGCGAAUCACGCCGUCGCCUAAAGGGAGAGAAGUGGUCUGGGUGAAGUUCAAAGGGUACGGCUCACCAGUAUCAGUUGGCAGAGAGAAGUUCACUGUCCAUGACAUAGAUGGCUCUAUCUUGUUUGCUCGACGACAAGUUCCUCUAACGUUGGCCUUUGCCAUUACUGCCCAUCGCUCCGUGGGGCUAACGUUAGAGGGAGUUUGGGCACGAUUGCCCUGCAAUAAAGAUCGUGCUGAAAAGAGAAGCUACCCACAAGACCGCCUCUGGGAACAGAGCUGGCUCACCCACCAAUAUCGGGGUUAUCGUGACGACCUUAGCAUCACAUGA